AUGAAUCAACUCGGUGAUUUCGAGCUCGCAAAGUGGGGCCAUGGAGACCACAAUGGACUCGUCAAGAUCUCAGCAGCAGGCAGUCAAGGUCCAGCCAUGUCGCUCAAUGACCUCAAAGCCAUAUCAACAGACCCGGAAGCAACAUCGGCCGCUCUCAAUUUCGAUGACAUGAAACUUACGGCCGCCCACACCACCACAGACGCAGUGACCCACCACCUCGCCUCCUUCUACGACAGCACAAAAGUCUUCGUCCAGCCCUCCGACAUCCUCCUCGCCCACGGCACCACAGGCGCCAACUCUAUCGUCCUCCAAGGCCUGCUCUCCCCCGGCGACCACGUCAUCUCCACCUUCCCAACCUACGCCCCUCUCUUCUCACUCGCAAAAGCCUGCGGCGCCACCCUCUCCUUCCUCCGUCUCCGCGACGAGAACAACUGGACCAUCGACAUUCCCGAACUCGAAGCCCUGAUUAAGCCUGAGACCAAAAUGCUCAUCCUCAAUAACCCCCACAACCCCACCGGCUCUACCAUCUCUACGUCCACGCAAGCCGCGCUCGUCGCUCUCGCGGCAAAACACGAUCUCAUACUCUUCUGCGACGAGAUCUUCCGCCCCCUCUUCCACAUCGCGGAGCACCCGAGCUCUUUCCUCGAGCACGCCAGCAAAUCCUACGAUCGCAUCGUCGUCACAGGCUCGCUAAGCAAAGCCUGGGGAUUCGCCGGCGUGCGCAUCGGUUGGGCUGCUACUACUUCCCCUGCGCUCCGCGAGAAGAUGCGAAGGGUAAGGGAGUGGAUCCUGCAAGAGGUUGGUGAGGUGGAUAAACGGAUUGCGGGGGAGGUGUUGGGGCCGCGGUGUUGUUCUGCUAUAUUGGCGAAGAAUCUGGAGAUUGCGAGGGAGAAUUGGGGGUUGUUGAGGGAGUUUUUGAGGGUGUGGGAGGGGAGCGUGAGGUGUGUGGUGCCGACUGGGGGAUCGACUGCGUUUGUUCGAUUUUUACGGAAGGGUGGUGAGGGUGGUGAGGUGAGGCCGGUGGAUGAUUUGCUGUUCUGUCAGGGAUUGUUGGAGGAGACGGGUGUGCUGGUCAGUCCUGGGAGGCUUUGUUUCGGACCGGACGAGGAGGAGUUGAAGGGUUAUGUGCGGAUGCAUAUCUGUAUACCGCCUGACAAUUUUCGACGAGCUAUCGAGGGCUUGGAGAGGUUCUUAAAGAGUGACAGGUUUGCGAAGAUUCAAUGA